AUGGGAGGGCUGAGAUUUAAGCACCUCUACUGGGGGAGCUUUGUUGAGUCUGGGGGAACAUUCCAGUCAGUGUUAAUAAUCUUCCUUCUGAUUCCAUGUUCCUUGACUGCGGUGGAUUAUAGGGCAGCGCCAAUUUUGCCAAAUGAGACUUUCCUUUGGGUCUGGAAUGUCCCAACUGAAGCUUGUAUUGGAGCAUUUAAUCAUUCAAUAGAUUUGAGCCUCUUCCCUUUAAUCGGGAGUCCCCGAAAAACUGCCACAGGGCAGCCUGUUACACUGUUUUAUGUUGAUCGACUUGGCCUCUACCCUCACAUAGAUACAAAAAUGGCAGAACAUCAUGGAGGAAUACCUCAGUUGGGGAAUUUGCAAGAUCAUCUGUCCAAAGCUAGGACUGACAUUGAGCAUUACAUCCCAACAGACCGUUUAGGCUUAGCUGUCAUUGACUGGGAAGAAUGGAGGCCUACCUGGUUGAGAAACUGGAGACCCAAGGAUAUCUACAGGAACAAGUCUAUUGACUUGGUCCAGACAAAUAAUGCAGGAAUUAGUAUCUCAGAUGCCACCAAGAAAGCCAAACAGGAAUUUGAAGAGGCAGGAAAAAAGUUCAUGGAAGAGACUUUAAAACUGGGGAAAUCGGUUCGACCAAAACACUUAUGGGGUUAUUAUCUGUUUCCUGAUUGUUAUAACAAUAAGUUUCAAAACCCAAAUUAUGAUGGGAAAUGCCCUGAUGUGGAAAAGCAAAGAAAUGAUGAUCUUAGCUGGAUGUGGAGAGAAAGCACUGGCCUUUACCCAUCCGUCUAUUUGAAGAGAGACUUGAAGUCGAAUCGACAAGCAACACUCUAUGUCCGCUUCCGAGUAGUGGAAUCUAUCAGAGUGUCCAAAGUUCGGAAUGAAAAAGAUCCUGUCCCGAUUUUUGUCUAUAUCCGUGUUGUUUUUACUGAUAACAUUACUGAAUACCUUCUGCAGGAGGACCUUGUGAAUACAAUUGGUGAAAUUGUUGCUCUGGGUCCCGCUGGGAUUAUAUUAUGGGAUGCUAUGACUUUAGCACAGCGUGCGCCAGGUUGCCCAAUCCUACAUAAAUACCUCGAGACAACCCUGAAUCCGUAUAUAAUCAACGUUACCCUAGCAGCCAAAAUGUGCAGCCAAACACUUUGUGAGGAAAAAGGUGUGUGUUCAAGGAAAAAUGAAAGUUCAGAUGUAUAUCUUCACUUGAACCCAAGUCAUUUACGUAUUGAAUUAACGAACAAUGGAAAGUAUGAAAUCCGUGGCAGCCCCACAGUUGGAGACCUGGAGUAUUUUUAUGAACAUUUUCAAUGCAGCUGCUUUAGCAACAUGAACUGUAAGGAGAACUCUGAAAUAGAAGACGUAGAAGAUGUUAAUGUGUGCACAGGUGACAAAGUUUGUAUAAAGGCCGAAGUAGAACCUGACCUAGCAUCCUACCUCCUACCUGGCAAAAGCCUUCUCUUUCUGACAGCACUCAUGCACAUACUGCAUCAUCUGCCAGAAGAUAUUUUUCUUUUUCUGGGGAAGAUACUCCUUAGUUCUCUCUACCCACAGCAUUUGUUGUACUUUUUAAAAGUGGGCCUCAGUCAUUUGAAAAUGUAA